AUGGCUAGUAUCUCCAACCCGGCAGUGCCCAAGGGCUCGAGGGUGCUCGUCACAGGAGUGAAUGGAUUUCUGGGCUCACACAUUGCAGACCAGUUUCUUCGAAAUGGCUACAAAGUACGUGGCACGGUGCGCGACCCAAGCAAGGAGAGCUGGGCAAUCGACACAUUCACCAAGCUCUAUGGUAAAGAUAAAUUCGAGCUCGUCGCCGUCCCGGAAAUGGAACUCGAAGGCGCGUACGACGAGGUGGUGAAAGGUGUCGACAUAUUUGCACACUCUGCUGCGUUUAUGGCAUUUGUCAACGAGGCAGACAAGGUGAUUCCGAUCACCGUCGCUGGAGCCGUUAAUGCGCUGAAGGCUGCGUAUGCUGAGCCGAGCGUCAAACGAUUCGUCCUGACUUCUUCGUCGGCUGCUGCUGUAGGUGUGCUUGAGAGCGGCAUCACGGUGACUGAGGAGUCCUUCAACACUAAAGCUGUCGAGAGAGCCUGGUCAGGACCACCUUAUGAGCCAGCACGACCGUUGAUCAAUUACGAAGCAAGCAAGACCGAAGCCGAACAGGCAGUCUGGAAGUUUCAUAACGAGAAUCGUAGUAAACGGCCAGAUCUCGUGGUCAACGCUGUCCUCCCAAAUCUCAUUUUUGGGCGUGCCAUCGACCCUAUCGGUCAAGGCAUUCGCAGCAGCGCGGGGUUUGUUGCUGCAUUAUGGAACGGAAAUAAGACAGCCAUUCACGAUGCAAUACCUAGCCAAUAUUUCGUCGACGUCGAGGAUACCGCCCUCUUGCACGUCGCUGCAGGAUUGCUACCAAGCGUCAAAGAUCAACGCAUCUUCGCAUUUGCUGAUCGCUUCAACUGGGAUGCGGUCCUCGACGUCAUGCGGACAUUGGAGCCGGGACGCAAUCUGCCAGAUAACUUUUCAGGAGGUAGAGAUCCGAAUGAGAUCGAGCCUCGCGCCAAGGCUGAGAAUCUCCUGAAAGUGCUGGGGCGUCCAGGCUGGACAAGUUUGAGAGACUCCGUUGCUGCGAACGUCCUGAAUGCAUCCACACGAACCGAUAAAUUGUAA